AUGUGUCCCUCUGGUCUUCCCUCCAGGUGCACCAUUGACAACCGGGUCACCCGUGUGGCCUGAGUGAACCGCAGCACCACCCUGUACGCCGGGAACGACAAGUGGUGCCUGGACCCCCGCGUGGUACUCCUGAGUAACACCCAAACCCAGUACAGCAUCGAGAUCCAGAACGUGGACGUGUAUGACGAGGGCCCCUACACCUGCUCUGUGCAGACGGACAACCACCCCAAGACCUCGCGGGUCCACCUCAUCGUGCAAGUAUCUCCCAAAAUUGUAGAGAUUUCUUCAGAUAUCUCCAUUAAUGAAGGGAACAAUAUCAGCCUCACCUGCAUAGCAACGGGCAGACCAGAGCCCACGGUUACCUGGAGACACAUCUCCCCCAAAGCCGUGGGCUUUGUGAGUGAAGACGAAUACUUGGAGAUCCAGGGCAUCACCAGGGAGCAGUCCGGGGACUACGAGUGCAGCGCCUCCAACGACGUGGCCGCACCCGUGGUGCGGAGAGUGAAGGUCACCGUGAACUACCCACCGUACAUCUCCGAAGCGAAGGGGACAGGCGUCCCCGUGGGACAGAAGGGGACCCUGCAGUGUGAAGCCUCGGCAGUUCCCUCCGCAGAAUUUCAGUGGUACAAGGACGACAAAAGGCUGGCUGAAGGAAAGAAAGGGGUGAAAGUGGAAAACAGACCCUUCCUCUCGAAGCUCAUCUUCUUCAAUGUCUCAGAACACGACUAUGGGAACUACACGUGCGUCGCCUCCAACAGGCUCGGCCACACCAAUGCCAGCAUCACACUCUUUGAACUAAAUGAGCCCACAAGCUCAACUUUGUUGCAAGAAGUGAAAUCUACAGCCCUGACCCCUUGGAAAGGCCCAGGUGCCGUCAGCGAGGUGAGCAACGGGACGCCGAGGAGGGCCGGCUGCCUUUGGCUGCUACCUCUCCUGGUCUUCCUCCUGCGCCAGUUUUGAUGUGAGUGCCACGCCCCCACCGGGGAAGCUGCCGCCACUGCAACCACCAACCCUCCAGCAAAGGCACCUCCGACAGCAAGAGCAAACCCCUUUCCAACUAAGAUGUAAUCAAACGCCAUUCCGAGACACAGACGAUUGGGACACAAAUUUGAGGGAGGGGAACAAAGAACACUUUGGGGAAACACGUUUCAAAAGGAAAUCGAAAAAUCGAUCGCCUUGCAGGCCGGGCAGAUAUGUAGGUACAGCUGAGUUUUCUUUCUUUUCCCAAAUGGGAGGAGCGCACCCCUGGCUCUGGAUACCCGCCCGCCAGCUGCAUUGUUUCCGGGGUGGACGAGGGCUCAGCUGCUCUGCCCGCUCCAGGGCCCCUGCCAAGGAAAAUUCUGGAGUCGGCCAUCCCCAAAUUCAAUCCGUCACUAGAAGCGAACACAGAGUGAGGCGUGCGCCCCCAUGUGCCGCGGGGAUCCCCCCCGCUGUAGACUGUGCCACUGUCAUGUGUGCUAUGAAACGCAAAUUUAAAAAGCAAAUCAAUAAAAAGGACCCUAAACAAAACAGCCUGACGGCGACCAAAACCCCACAGUCAGCAGUCACACAGGCCCCGUUCACCUUUGUGUUCCCCUCACUACAUGGGCAUCGUGGAUCAUAAGGGAUUCUGGUUCACUAUUGAUUCUAUUUUCUGACGUGAGUCUAGGACUUAGCUGGAAAACAAGGCAACACUAAACACCACACACACAUGAAAGGGGUGACGAGAAGUAUGUUUGUUAAAAAAAGAUGAAAAUGAAUAGUGCACUUCUUAACUAGGUUUACAACCGGUGGACCCCACGCCGGGCAUUAACCGCCCGGUGAGGCUUUGGCGAAUCCACCAAAACAAAACACACACACACACACACAUAUGAUUUAACCAACACGUCCACCAGCGCUACAGCUUUCUCCUCAUCCUGGCAUUUAAUGCAGACACGACUAUGCUUCUCCGUGCUGUUUAGAAGUGGAAGGGGGUGUCUGCACCCGACUUGGUUUGUUGGCACUGCUUCUUUUGAUGACAUAUAUUAUACAGUAUAUAUAUACAUAUAUAUACAUAUAUUUUUUUUGUUAAGAGUUCUAGCCCUUUUCUUUCUCAGCAGGUCCGUUCUCAGACAUUACUGCAUGCUGUAUAUGGCGUUAGCUGUGUGUUGACCUUCUAAAAGAUGAUAGAGUUUACUGGUACUUGUGUAAUCAGCUCCUGCCUCUAUUUUUUUUCUUUCUUUCUUUCUUUUUUUUUUUUGCGUUAUCCACAUGUCA